AUAUCUCCGUCGAGCAAGAGCCAACAAAUCAUAACCUAAAACCAGAGCUCCACCAUCUCAGUACCGUGCUCUACAAUGGCGAAAACCUUAGUAACUACUACUCGUCCCUACCUUUCUUCACCAACAACAAAGCGUUUACUUUACUCUCUCCCCCUCUUUUCGCAAUCUCAAAAGCGCCUUGUUUCUCAAAGCACAAUCUUCUUGUCCAGAGGUCAGAAUUUACGCUUGUCCUUUUCUUGCAAAAACAACGGCAAAGAAAACGAAUUGGUUUACGGUGAUAACAGUAGCGUCAUUUCCAAGUUAUUUGGAUAUGGACUCAUUAGAAAUCGUAGAUUCAGCACCAGAGCCACUCACGUAAAUGAUCCUGGAUCGAUUGACGAAUCUCUCAUGACAUCCAUGGAGAAAAAGAUCAAGGAACAUCUAAAUGCAGAGUCAGUACAAGUGAAAGAUACUUCUGGGGAUGGUCGGCAUGUAGUCAUUGAUGUUAUAUCAUCAGCCUUUGAGGGGCAGUCAGCUGUGAAUAGGCAGAGAAUGGUAUAUAAAGCCAUAUGGGAGGAGCUUCAGAACACCGUCCAUGCGGUUGACCAGAUGACUACAAGAACUCCAGCCGAAGUAGCAGCCCGAAAAUGAUGUGGUAUUACGUGAAUUUCCCAGAAGCAAAGCUCACAUUUAGAUGGUGCUGUUUGCGGCAGGUACGCUGGCAUUUUGAUAAUGUCGAUAGUUUGAGCCUGUCAGUGAGAAGUUUGGACACUGGCAAAUUCUAGCUUGAAUGCAGAAUGGAUUAUUAUGGUGAGAAAUUAAUUUUCCAUAGUUGCUCAUGAAGAACAGAAUUGGUAUUCUGAUUGUCUGGAGGUAGGUCUAUACUGCAUGUGGGAUUAUUCUUAUGGCACUGCUGGUUGUAUUUCAGAUGAUAAUAAGGGAUUAUUUGGAACAAAUGAACUAUUUCUAUGAAAAUCAUUUGGAAGUUUAUACACA